AUGGAUUUCCGAAAGAAGUCGUUCCGGGAGAGGCUUGCACAAGAACCAGAGAUCAGUCUAUUGGGUGCCGCCUUCAACCUGCCCACUCGCCGUGAUAUGCAGCGGAAUAGACAGCGCCGAGCCGGUCGUAUUGCCAACGUUUCCCGUCAAUCUUGUCGGCGCGUGAGCAUGCAGCGGGACGCGGUAUUCGACGACGAAGAGGCCACCAGUACUUCCGUCGGAGAGAACCAGGUUGUCAUCGAAGAAUUUGUCGCUUCAUCCUCCGGAAGCUAUAGUGAAAGCGACGUCAGCGAAGUGGAACUGACUUGUGACGACAAUGAGCACGGUAGAUGUUGGGAAGUAUCAAGCGCGUGCACGCCAUCAACCCAAGAAUCAUCACUUCUCCGUUCAGAGGCUAGAGGGUCACCUGCUUCUGCAACUCGAGAGCGAUGCUUGAAGGACUCGCUCCCCAGGACCAUUCCAGCGAACCCUUACGUGGAUUCCUCACGCAAAAAGCCCCGACGUCUGCGGAAGGUGAAAGCUGCGCUGAGAGGUCGAUUAAUUCGGUCCGAAAACUCCCAUCCUGUCACACGACCGGCACAGGGGUCGACUACGAAGCCACCUCGAUCGAUAUCAGAGUCCGCAACUUCUCCUAGGACACAAAGGCCAGCCAUUCAGCCCUCAUACGUUGCACUGGCGCCGCAAUACUCGCUUUCACAAGUUCAUGAUGCUCACAAAAUCCACCAAUACCCUCCACCCUAUUUCCAGCAACCGUAUCUCACUCAACCCAUGACUACUGCAGCGACUCCCGGACAACCCCAAACUGGUCCACCGAGUCUCACACAUGCAUCAGUGCUUAGAACCGAUGGCGAAACCCAAACGCAAAAUUUCUCCAAGGAGCUCAAGAGAAUUCAGCGCAAGAUAGACCAGGCCUGGAUGAAGUUGUCACGCAAUCCUGGAGAUCAUGUGGUUCGCUUGGAGCUUAAAGGAUUUCAAGAAAGACUCAAGUCAACACUGGACACUGCUACCGCCCAAUCGAUGCCCAGAAACGCAACUCGGAAUUUCCUUGCCGUUCAGACUACUCCGGCCCAGACUCGGACGGCUUCGGUGGCACGCAGGGACGAGAGCCCAGGUCCAACCAUUCGACAUCACCUAUGCUCCAGCUGCGGCGGGAUUCGAUCUGAAAAGUUCCACUGUAAACAUCCUCUCGCUCCGGGUCGAAAGCCGCUCUUCAACUACUGUGGAUCUUGCAGGGAUGAGAUCAUGAAAACUGGUGUCACGACUGAGCGCCAUGUUUUCUGCUACGGCUGUGGUGUGGCCAGAUCAAAAGCCUUUCAACGCCGGCAUAUCAUCACGAGAGCAGAUCCGAUGCUGCCGAAUUAUUGCAUGAGGUGCAGGCGUGAGGUUCGUGGAAUGGAAAGCACGGUUGAUGCCUCCUUUGUCAGUUCUGCGCUCGAAAGCUCCCACGGCCAAGCACUGCGUGAUUCCGCACGAACCACUUCAGCCAACCGUGACCGCACAAGCACCGAAUAUUUUGCGGCGCAAGCCCACGAGAAGCAGCCCGAGAGUGCUUCUGCGUCCCAAAACGGGCGACGACGACGAGCAACAAAAUAUUCGGAGGCAGAAUCCAUCAAUAAGAUAGACUUCAGGUCUCCCUCAUCAAAUCUCAACCAUCCCAACACUGUACCGAGUCCGUCUUUCCGCCCAGAUCGUAGACAUGGAUCAGCUCAACGGCGUGCUGAGCGUCAAGGAGAGGAGCUCUUCACCCCGAUGAGCCCUCCGGCAAACCAAACAUCCUACCAGCAGCCAUAUGUGGAAGACGCCGAAACAAACACACCGGUGCACGCACCUCUUGGGACACGUCGCAUGCCGUCUCGUUCUACUGGCAUGGGUGGCCAUGUGACUUCGUCAUCUGGUGGAAGCACCAGGCAUUUCGGAACGUGGAAGGACUCCCAUACAGGAGCAGCCGCGUUUCCAUUACCCGAAGGAGUCUCGCCUACCUUAAAAUAUCCUCACCUCGGCCAAUUCGAUAUUGCGGGCAAGCCACGACAGCCGUUGACCAGAAAAGUCUCCGGUAUUGAGUCGAUCGUUGACGUACGCUGCUCAAGCACCCGCCUUUCCAACGAAGCGUCAUCACACGCGGAAUUGCAAGAACCAGACAUUAACACAUGCAACCGAUCCACCCCCAGACGUGUCGAUAUUCAUGAGAUCAUCACAACUCUGCCUACUGGUGACGGUGCUUACUCCACCGUUCCAUCUUCAGACGGUGAUGGUCUUCAGACUGACAAGUCGAGUCCAUGUCCUUCCAUGGAGCCAAAUCAAUUGCAUGAUAAUGAGUGUAUUGGAUCUGAGCCCGACUUGACCACGUCUCAAUUUUCCAGGGGUGUCUUUGGAAAGCAGCCUGUUUCCACGGGUCGUAUGUGGUCGACCCCGAAGAUGGGAGCCGAGCGAGUGCCAGCCACUGGUGGCAUAUCUGACAACCCCGAUUCGAGGCAUUCUCCUCUUGCUGAUGGGCACGUUUCGCCCUGCAUUAGUGAUCCCUUCAGUCCCAUUCCCCACGGAUGCACACAUCGAAAUCAGUCAGACUUUCAAUUUUCUCGAGGCGCCUUUGCUCCGAUGUUUGGAAGUUCCGCUGACUACUUUGGCGCGACAACACAGGCCUGGGCAAGUCCUAGUUUCAUGUCUUAUAGCCCGCACUGCCUAGAGAGGCAUGAAGCUCCAGAAGCCGGUGAUUUUUCUCCACAGGCUGCCAACGGCAAACCAUGUCAGCUCGGGUCAUCGUUUGAAUCGUCCACAGCCUUUAAGAGCCAUGUCGCCUUCGUCUGUCGAGCAGAUAUUGCAGAACAACAUGAUGAAUGCGACGCGACUUACAGCGAGAGGUCAUAUUCGUCUGACAACCCAUACUAUAAACCAAGUCGCUUUGCGAGGGCACAUCUAUUUUCCCAAAGCUCUCAGACCAGGGGUAGCCCUGAAUGGUCUCGUCCCAGCCAGAAGAUGCCAGAAAGCGACGUGGUCCCUGAACCCAUUAUCGAAGAGCCUUACUCACCUCCUGGCUCACCUGUACAACCAAUUAAGUUGCUUGGUAUGGGUGACACUUUCACUGGUUGA